CCCCGCUGCGGCCCUAGCAACCACAUCCGGGGCUCCGCGGGCGCUGUUGCCCGGGUAACGGGCUGGCCGCGGCCGGAUCGCAGAGGGGCGUGCGCCCGGCUCCUGAUGCACCUGCCGGAUCCGGGAGCUUGCGGAAGGGCGCGCGGGCCUGGGCUUGAGCGGUCGGAGGUCUCCCGGAGCCCUCAGCAUCCCUUCCUUCUCACUCAUGCACCCCAGCUUCACGCGUUAGGCGUCCCCCCAGCAGACGGUGAGCCGGUGGCGGGAGGGUGGAGGUGCACGUAGCUCGCCGCCACGCAAAUCGCAGGAGAGCCAAGCUGCUUCCUCAGCUGCCCGAGAGCAAGGGGAAAGUUUUUCCAGCCCCGUGGGGGGUGGGGGGUGGCGGGUGGCGGGUGGGAGGUGGGGGGAGGAUGGCGGGAAUGCGGGGUGCGGGCGCCCGACCCUCGCUUCCCCGGUGCGGGGAGCGCCCCGCUGCGGCCGCGUCUUGCAGCCCACCCUCCUCGGGAGGACCAGACCCCCCGGCGCGGCAUCCCUGAGCUCUUGCUGCCUUUGUGGUCGCUCUGCGCCGCUGGAUCCCCGAUACUUCUCCUUCCUGCUCCUGUUUUCUUAUUCUUGAUUUGCUCAACCCCAUUUCUUCUUAAGUAGAUCGCUGCCCCGGGUACGGAAACCGCGGAACAAUCAAUCCUCCCUCUCUCUGAGCCCUUCUGUAGUUUGCUACGUUGAGCCCCCCACUGCGCUGUGGAUCCCCGCCCAUCCCCGGCCCUGAGUGAGGGCGCGUGCGGCUGAGCAGGGGGGCUACACAGGCCUGAAGCUCAUUUGCACACAGAACCUACAGUGGCUGCGUCCACGUACAUCUCUCAUCAAGGCCCUGGGCUGUCCUUCCUUCGACGGCCUUGCAUGCUCACUUUUGCCGCCGUUUCCCUUGUAGAAGUGCGAAGGGUAACUGUGCAUCCCGUGGGAUUUACUCUUCUUUAGGUCGUACCUCUCAUCUGCUUUUGUCUUACAAGUAAUGAGACCUUUUUAAUGGCCAAGCGCCCAAAGACAGAAGUCGGCCUUUACAAAUUCUAGGGAGUUUCAGCAUAAUGAAUCAUGCAACCCUGGACAAAUAUCUUCCCCCAUGUCCAUGAACGGUAAACACCCGUGAGGACACAAACGUUUCAAAAGUAAAUAACAAUAUUUAUCUGCUGAGCUCUCCAAGACACUUCCUCCGACAAAAAAAAAACAGUCCUGAAGUCUCAAAACAUGAAUCUGUGUAUAGAGGACCCUCAUCUUAAGGGGCUCUGUCCUUAACCAAAAGAGCAAAGGUAUGUGCCAGUUCACUUAAAUUAUAACUUCAGGGCUGUAGUCUUCUGUGGACUUUUCUGUUCAAAGCCGUCCUGUUAAUCUUCUCAUUUAUAAGAAAAGGAUCCCAAUCUAGAAUAAUUACUGCUCUUCCUGCAGGGGAACAGAAUGGAACCUAGUAGCCAAAUACAAGUAUUCUUGGUUUCUGAAGCGUAGUUGGAAGGAGGUGCAUGGCAGUGCUCAGUGGUGCUUAAAAGAUCUGUACAUAACUGGUUGAGUUGGCUGGCACCUUUACGAUUCCUGCCAGGUGUCUCUUGAGUUUGGGGAUGCUUAGCGUUAUUAGAGUCAGUCUGACUAUUAAAUUGGUAGACUCAGAGGUGUUUCUUACACUGGAAAGGUGGACACUUGCAUUAAUUAUUUGUCCUUAGCUGGAUGGUUUCCUUUGCAGCUGCUGCUGUUUUUUGAUAGAGAUUCUGAUAGAUUCAGAACUGCUUGGAACUCGUGCUAAUUUCUGUUUGCAGGAGGUGCCGUUUAUCAUGUUAGGCACUAUAGUCUCGUGUGAUUCUGGUACUGCACAUGCUUAGUCCUCAUACCUGUGCAAGGGCUACACACAGGAUUCGUCUUCCCAUGAUUUCUGCUGCUCCAAGGAAACUUAGAAUGUAAAGUUCACUUGAGGAAAACACUGGCAGCUACUUCAGCUGGUGAUGGAAGACAGUGAAACUCUAUGUGAUUUAUUUUGGAAAAAGGAAGCAGUAGCUGGUAUUUUUCUAAUUUGGGGGAAAUUUUUGAUGCUGACAGAAAGACCUUCUUUAAAAUCUAACCCUGCUUAGAUGGAGACCUACCUACCUUUCUUCCCUCCCUCCCUUCCUUCUUGCCUUCUCUCCUUUUCCCCUCUCUCUCUCUCUUUUUUUCUUUGCCCUAGAGUUUGGGGAGUUCCGCCUGCCCAUUCUCUUUAGGAAGAAUAGAAGAUUACUGCUUUUCUCUAAAAACUUGGCAUCUGUGUUUGGAGAGGUAAGAAAAAAGGUAAUAGUUGUCUGCCAUGUAUGGUUACGACAUGGGGAUUAUCUACCAAUUUACCUUUUUACUGCUAUUAGUUAUUAUUCAGCUUUUGAAAAAUCAGGUGCCAUUUGUUCACUUGGCUUGUGGGAACUCUGAAGCCUAUAUUUCAUUUAUUGACCAGGAAGGAAAGGGGCCCAAAGGUUAAAGAAUAUUAUUUUAUUCUCUUCUUAGUGAAUUAAAUGUACACGCAACCUUUUUUCUUUGCCUUAGAUGUUGAAUACUGUAUGCUGCUUAUAAAUAUGAUUUCCUCAAGAGAAAGAAAAAGGUGCUACAUUUACAUCCUUUCUAGGGGAAUUCUGGUAAUGUCACAAUAGUUUUAUCACUCUCCAACAUCAGUUCCCUUUUCAUGGAGACAUAUUUAGUUAAUGAUUGCACACUGUAAUUCUUUGGAAACAAAUCCUUUGUUACAGGAUACUGAUAAGUGGAACAUUUAAAGAAGCCCGUGAAUAGUAGUUUGAGUAGAACAUAAGAGUAGAAAUUGUUUUAACUACAAAGAGAAAAAAACUGAAGUUUUUUCCAUUCCAUUAUCUAGAAUUAACAUUCAGCAUUUUGUCAACGUCUUUUUUCUAUGCAUAUAUAUUUUUCUACAUUUAUUUAAGGAAUUGUUAUUUAGAACCUACUGUUUGCUGGGCCCUAAGCACUGUAGGAAUAGCCAUGAGCCUCUGCCCUCAUGUAACUUUCAGUGUAUAUUGGUUUUGUUGGCAUACAGUUUUGUAUUUUGCUUUUUUCACUUAAUAUAUUAUGGAAUUUUCUUCAUAUCAUUAAAUAUUCUCCUUCAGUGGCUCAGUAGUAUUUUAGCAUAUAUAUUUCUUAAAUUAUUUACUUAAUCCUUUUUACACAUUUAGGUUCUUUCCUGUUUUGCCUGUAAUUAUAAAACAACAAUAUAAGGAAUAUUGUUGUAUGGUAAAAUUCUAAGAUGACUUCCAAUGAUUCUCACUGUGUAAUUCCCUCCAAUAUGAACAUGAUAGGACAUCAUUCUCACAUGUUAUAUUACAUGUGCAAGGGAUUUUGCAGAUGUAGUCAAUUGACUUUUAAAUUAAUCAAAGGGGAGAUAACCUGGAUGGGCCUAAACUGAUUAUGGGAGCCUUUUAAGAGCAGGGAGUUUUCUCCUGCUGGUUGCAACAGAGAAGGCAGAGAGAUUCAAAGCGUGAGAAAGAUUUGGAGGAAGGUUCUCUAUUGCUGAAAUGGAAAGGGCCACAGUCAAGGACCUGAAGGAGGCCUCAAGGAGCUGGGAGCAGUCUCUGCUGAUGGCCAACAAAAAAACUCAGGGACAUCAGUCCUACAACCACAGGAAGUUGAAUUCUGCAAAUAACCUGAAUGAACUCGCAAACAGAUUCUUCCCCAGAGCCUCCAGAUAAGAGUCCCGUUUGACUAACAUCUUGAUUUCUGCCUUGUGAGAUCCUAAGCAAAGGAUCCAGUUGAGCUCACCUGGACUUCUGGCCUGCAGAACUGUGAAAUAAUAAAUGGGUAUUGUUUUAAGCUAUUAAAUGCAGCAAUAGAUAAUGGAUACAUUUGUAAGCUAGGUUAUUUUUAUAUGUAUAAUUAUUCUUUGGGCUAACAUCCUAGGUAUGGACUUCCUGGGUAAAAGUUGUGCACAUUUUUAAGGUUUUUGUAUAAUAUUACUAAUUUGCCCUUCAUAAGCUUUGUACUAAUUUAUUUACCUCCUCAUAACCUAUGUUAUCACAUUCUGGCAAAAACUAGAUACUGUCAUUCUGAUAGGCAAAAACAAAAAACAAAAAGGUAUCUCCUGUUUUGAAAAAAGAUUUACAUUUCUCUUGUUACCAGGAGAAUUGACUAUUAUUUUCUUGGAGUUCAGUUGGUAAGUCUUUUUUAGUGACUUGCCUAUUCUUUAGUUAGCUUGACCACUGAUAUAGAGAAAAUAGCAUCUAACACAUAGUACAGUAUUUUUCUGCUAUAAUAUUUUCAAGGAGUGGAAUGAUUAAUGAGCUUAAUCGAGAGAAUGGGUACUUUUGAGAUAUACUACUCCUGCCAUUACUCCUUGCAAGAAAUAUCCCAGACGUUAUACUGUGGAGAGUGGAAAAUGUUAGCUGCAUUGAUUAAGUGAUAUUGGUGCCUUGUUCUUGGGAAAAAGUCUGGCUUGUCUGGAUUGACAUUAGACAUGUGGUUGUUUCAGGAAUAAAGAUGUAUUGUAUAUUACCAUGGAGAAUUGUAGAUUUCACUACUGUUUUAGAAGGAAAUAUAUACUGUUAACUCUCAGAAAACAACUAAUAUCUUCCUAAAUAAACAUAUUAUUUUCAGUUUGAUCAAGAUAAUCACCAAUCUCUGUGUAUAUUAUAUUGCUUUAUUUGGGAGGGAGUAUGGGAGGAAAUUCAAGUGACUUUUUCUGUAAUCCUUUUUAUUUGAGAUGAUAGGGUUUAUUUCUGACAACUGAAAAGAUUUUUUUCAAAUUAGAAUUUUAAUAGAUUAAGAAAAAAAGUACUAAAAUACCCACGUGGUUCUGCUAUGUUAUUUGCCUGAAAGUAAGGGGCCGAGUGAGGGAUCCCAGUGCAGCUCAGUGGGCCCAAAGGUGGGAGACUAAGGAGUGCUCCCCCUCCCAACGCCCCCUGACUUCUAUCCCUCUUGCUAUUCCCAGCCCCCAGUUCCUGCAGUGGGAAACCCCAGUGGUGCUGCUUCGGUACUGGGGAGUAGAAGGCACCUGAAGGUUGGGUGACUGAGGAUACGUGACCUUUAAACAUAAAACACUGCAGAGUCGGGCAGUAGGUUGCGAGUGUCCCAGGCAGCUGCCAGGCCUGCUCCUCUAUAGCACAGGCGGGUAUGGGAUGGCUGUUCCUCCAGCAGGGAAUGAACAGAAGACAGAGGAAGAGAAAAGUUAGGAGAGCCCCUUUUUCUCUUGGGGCGUACUUUCGUGUGAUUUUUGUGUUGGUUCUUGCUACCACAAUUUCUGAAGGUUUGUAUCUUCCCAUAAGGGCAAGAUAUUUAAAAAUGCUUAUUUUUUUUUAAAUUUUUUAUUUUAUUUUAUUUACGAUAGUCAUACAGAGAGAGAGAGAGAGGCAGAGACACAGGCAGAGGGAGAAGCAGGCUCCAUGCACCGGGAGCCCGACAUGGGAUUCGAUCCCGGGUCUCCAGGAUCGCGCCCUGGGCCAAAGGCAGGCGCCAAACCGCUGCGCCACCCAGGGAUCCCUAAAAAUGCUUAUUUUGAAGUAAUACUAGAUUUAUAGGAAAUUGCAGAAAAAUGUGCAGGGAGGUCCCAUAUAUAAGCAAGGGUUUUUUGCUUGUUUUUUAAUUGAAUGGUCAAAGCUUACUUACUUAGAAAGGUCAGCCCACCUUAACAGUGGGGUAGAGUUGCUAUUCAUGUUCGCAGAAUUCAUAAAGGCCUAUUCUUCUGCUCUUCCAUGGAGGCUUGAUAGUGCUUUUUAGUUUUGGUUAGGUUCAGAUAGGCAUUGAAAACGCCGCCUUGGUUUGGUUUGGUGCUGGGGACAUAGAGUGCAUAUUAUCAGAGGAGGCCACAGCAGUGUGAUUCAAAGACACUGUAAUAUAGUGAAAAGAAUGGUAGGCUUUACAUUAGGAAGCCUGGAUACUGGACUGCAUUCAACUGCGUUAUAACUAUAUAAGCUUCGAAAUUCAGUUUUAUCUUCUUGAGUUGUUUGGAAUACAGGAAGUGAAGGUGUUUGGAAACUAAAGCCCUGGGCUAUCAUAAUUAUUAUUAAGACUUUUUCUCAGUAACACAACAAAAAAGCCUCCUUUACUGGUUGUAAUUCCUAUGAUAAAAAUUACUUCUUUUAGACAAAUUUUGACAAAAAGUCUUGUCAAAAAAUUUUGUGCAAAAAAUGCAUGUGACAUCUUGAAACCUGGGAGGACAGAGAGAAAAAUUAGAGGGAUAUCGUGCCCACACUAUUUCACACAGUAGUAACACCUGCUCAUCAAAUUAGCUUUUUACUUUGGCCUGCAGUAGGCCCCAAGCCUGUAGAUUUUGGUAGGAUGAGUGCCACGUGGGAAGGUAGGUGCAAGCCCAUCUAGGUCUGUGUGACUGUUCUUACAGUAGUGUUUGGUUUAAGAGGAUCUCUGCUUUCAGUAUAUAUUUCAGGUGGGAUUCUUGCUUCUGUUUGCAAGUAGAAUUUUGUAAAUCUUUAAAUUAUAAAGAUUGACACAGCUGAAGGGACAUUAGAGAGAGGAUAAUGAUGAUGAGAUCAUCACCAAACAUUUAUUGAGCAUUUUGUAAGGUGCUAAAUGCUAUACUGAGUGCUUUACCCUCAUUUGAAUCUUCUUGAAUGUGCAAUAACCCUGUGAGAAGCUGAAGCUUCAAAUGGUUAAGUAAACUACCCAGGAUCACAUAAGUUGUAAACAGCAGAAUCACUUGUCAACUCAGGUGUGUCUGGCACCAAAGCCCAUAUCCUUGCACUAUAAUAAGCCCUUUACCUUACAGAUAAGGAAGUGGAGGUCCUGAGACAUUAAGACCCAUGGUCACUUUCCUUCUUAGUCUUAGUCUAGGUCUAUUACUGCAUUAUUAUAUCCUCUUAAUAAUUUGCUUAUUCCUAUGCAUGUUGUCAAUUAUUUCUGGCCUCUGUGCAUUUGGCUAAUGUGUCAAGUUGAUAAAAAGUUACUAGGUUUGUAAGCAUUUAGAUAAAAUAAGAUUUAGAUUUUUAAAAUUUGUAAUGGAAUCACUUAAUUUGAUUUUUAGUGAAGCCUUUUCUAUCAGACUCCGACGAAGGGGACACUGUUUCCCAUGUGCUAUUAAAAGUUAAACCUUGUGACUACUGUCUGACUGUGUUUUUCUUUUAGAGAAGUCAGAGGGGGCAGUCUGUGACUUCAUGUGAGAAAUAGCCACCAAAGGUCUAUCCAGCAUCAAUUUUAGUUCUUUAAUUUUGAAGAAGAUACACCAUCAAGUCCUAGAAGGAUUAUACCACUUUCUUUUCCGCCCUGAAGAGACUUGGAAAUUAACGGGUAACAUUUUGCAUGAAAAUUGCUAAACGCUUUUCCUUCUUAUCUUGGCGGCCUUCUGCGGAGAAUUAAUAGGAGGUUGAAUGCGCGCAUGGAUAAAAUGGAUCAUCUUAAAGGAUUGAAGUUCCAAAAAUAUAUCAGCAGGACUGGACAGGUUUGACAUAAUGAGAUUUCUAUUUUAGCUUGACUUCUGGAACACUGAAUAAACUAUAAACUGAGCCACGCACGUCCUGGGAAGGAAGUUUCUCUUCUACGAUAUUCUAGCUGCGUAUAACUGCAUAUAACAUUUUUCUUAUUCAGAGCCUUUGAAAAAAGAUAUUUACUUAUCAAUUUCCCGAAAAAUAGGACUAAUAGACACUUACCAACUUUUAAUAUAUGAAGCAGGACAGAAAGCUACAAUUUGUAUCAUUUUGGAAAAGAAAUUUAAAGAAACAGCCACCAGAAAGACAAGCAAUCUCUACGUAAGUGCUGGUGGAGAUGGCAGAGGCUUCUGAGGAUGCCUCAGCUCUGCCUGUGACGGUGAAGAAAAAGAAAAGUUUAUCCAUUGAAGAAAAGAUCGACAUCAUAAACGCAGUAGAAAGUGGCAAGAAAAAGGCAGAAAUUGCAGCUGAAUAUGGAAUAAAGAAAAAUUCCUUGUCUUCUAUUAUGAAGAAUAAAGACAAAGUUCUAGAAGCCUUUGAAUCUCUGAGAUUUGAUCCGAAGAGAAAAAGACUGAGAACUGCUUUUUACACAGAUCUAGAAGAGGCAUUAAUGAGGUGGUAUCGAAUUGCUCAGUGUCUAAAUGUACCAGUUAAUGGUCCAAUGUUGCGUCUCAAAGCUAAUGAUUUUGCCCAGAAACUGGGACAUAAUGACUUUAAGUGCAGCAAUGGUUGGCUGGAUCGCUUUAAAUCCAGGUAUGGCUUAGUAUUCAGAGCUCAACCUGUAGAAGCUACAGCUGUGUCAGUAGACCCUUCAGCCGUCUGGCACCAAAAUGUACUUCCUUAUUAUUUAAAUGAUUAUCACCCUAAAAAUGUUUUUAAUAUAAAAGAGACUGGGCUGCUUUAUCGAAUGUUACCUACAAAUACAUUUGCAUUUAAAGGAGAAACAUGCUCCAUCGGACAGUUAUGCAAAGACAGAAUAACUCUGGUGGUUGGGACAAACAUGGAUGGCUCAGAGAAACUUCCUUUGCUUGUCAUUGGAAAAAACAAAACUCCACAUUGUUUCAAAGGUAUUAAAUCAUUGCCUGUGUGCUAUGAAGCUAACAGAAUGGCGUGGAUGACCUCAGAUGUAUUUGAGCGAUGGAUGCAGAAGCUUGAUGAGAAGUUUCAAGCCCAGCAACGAAGAGUGGUGAUUUUUGUUGAUUCUUUUCCUUCACAUCCAGAGGUAAAGAACCUAAAGUCCAUUGAGUUAGCGUUCUUUCCAUCAUGCUUAUCUUCCAAAUUUAUAGCUAUGAAACAAGGUGUUAUUAAAAGCCUUAAAAUCAAAUACCGACAUUGCCUUAUCAAGAAAUUCUUAAGCUCUGUUGAAGGCAGCAAAGAAUUUACAUUUUCCCUAUUAGAUGCAGUUGAUACUUUGCACCUUUGUUGGAGGGCUGUAACCCCAGAGACUAUUGUCAAGAGCUAUGAAGAGGCAGGAUUCAAAUCUCAAAAGGAAGAAAGUGACAGGACAAAUGCAGAGACAGACACUAGUCUUGAUUUGGUUGCCCAUGCUCAGGCAGCAGGCGUGGAAUUUCCUGAAGGCUUAUCUAUAGAAGAGUAUGCUGCUCUCGAUGAUGAUUUGGAAACUUGUGAAGCUGCACCAAAAGGUGAUUCAGAAUGGCCCGAAGAAAAUAAAUCCGAGGAAACCGGAUUUUAUACUUCUGAUGAAGAGGAUGAUGGUGGAUCUCUAGGCACUGAACUCCCUUUACCAUCAAAAACGGAGGCAAUAACUGCUUUAGAAACUCUUAAAAAUUUUCUUAGAAGUCAAGAUAUGAGUGACGAGCUUCAUAACUCUUUAGCAGACCUUGAAAUUUUUAUUAACUCAUCAUCUAAGUAAUUUUUUGUGGUACAACAAAUGAAGAGUAAUAGCUUUUCUUAAUGUAUUUUAUUAUAUAAGGUAUAUAAAAGGGAAAAAACCUAAACAUAAACAUAAAAAAUUAAAAAAAUAAAACAUAAAAAAUUUAAAAAAAAACCAACCUUUGGUUUAAUUGCAUAUGUCUUUGACCUGAAUAGCGAAGUUCCCUAGGUAAAUUAAAUAAUGAGUAAGUAAAAAAAAUAAUAGUAAUAAUGAGUAAGUAAAUGAAAAAUAUGAAUUUUAAUAUAGCAAGAUUUGGGAGAGUAGAAAAUAUAUUUUGGAGGCCUUGUACUUGAAAUAUGUGAUAUAAAUGUUAAAAAUAAAAAACUCUCCAGCUAUUUGAUUAUACAGGUUGAAUUGGUGAUUGCUAUUUACUUUUUUUUUAAGGCAGAUCAUGUUCUAGAAUAUUUUAAUUCAUCUACCUCGUAUCAGAAAUGAAAUAUCUAUUCCUUAGAUAUUUAUUUUUAUAAAGGCAUAUAUUCUAGCCUUGUAGCAAGUGCUAAUUUUAAAUUAUUUUUCUUGUAACUAGCUUAUCUUGCUAAGAAGAAAUUAUGAAAAAGUACUGAAAAUAAAGUCGGACCCAAUUUUACACGAAAGUGAUUAAAAAUAUAUGUCUCACUACUUUCCAGUUAUUUCUGUAGAAAGUCAUUUGAAAGAGUAUGACCUUAUCAGAUACUUUUUGUCAUCUACAACUGGAAGAUGAUAUGGAUUCUUCCUAAAUAUUUGUAUGUAUAUAUGUGUUUAAUAGAAAAAUAAAUUACUUAAACAUUUGUGAACUCAUAAUUUCUAUUUUAAUAAGACAGCUCUUGAAAAGCUAUAUGAAGAUAUAUAUGCAGUUAUGAGAAAAAGUCUCUUAUGUGGUUCUUAGAUAGUUUUCUAAUUUUAAAGUUGA